AUGAGUCAUCCCUGCGUGUCUCUUCUGGCGUCACCUGCUCCCCAAGGUCUUGUCCUGCCCCAGGACGGAGUCACGGGAGACCAGGUCCUGACGGUCCCGCUUGAGAUGUUGGCAGCCCAGGAUCCAGUGGCAUUCGAUGGUGUGGAACAGUACCUCACAGAAAGGGAGUGGUUGCAGCUGGCCCCUGAGCGCAGAACACUGGACUACUUUGGCAACGUGACCUCCGUGGGAGUUCCUGGCUUGAAUCCGGCCUUGGUCCCUCACCAGGUGCAAGGACAAGUGCUGCUGGUCUCAGACCCGUCCCUCAUUGCGAGUCACACUGAGCAUGCCGAAAGCCUCUCGGCGACUGAACAGGAGACAGCGGGAGAGGACGCCCAGCCCCCUGAGAUGCCAUCCACCAGCUCCCCCAGGGCCAGUGACCCCAGCCCUGAGGUCAGACAGAAUGGGGACACUGAGAAGUUAGGGGGCCCCCAGAAUCCACCCAUAGAACAUCACUUUGCGUGCAAAGAGUGCGGGGCUACCUUUCGGCUGAAGGUCCUUCUCGUCCAGCACCAGAGAAUCCACAGUGAGGAGACGGGUUGGGAGUGCCGAGAUUGCGGGAAGGUUUUCAGGGGCGUCUCAGAAUUCAGGGAGCACAGGAAGAGCCACGUGGCUGUGGAGCCGCAGCCUGGCCCGAGCCAGGCCCUCGAAGACCCCAUUGUGGAGAAGAGGGAGCAGCGGGAGGGGGAGGGGGAGGAGGCGAAGCCGUUCGAGUGUGAGGAAUGUGGGAAGCGGUUUAAGAAGAACGCAGGCCUCAGUCAGCACUUGCGGGUGCACAGCCGGGAGAAGCCGUUCCGUUGCGAGGAGUGUGGGCGCUCCUUCAAGGUGAGCACCCACCUGACCCGCCACCAGAAGCUCCACGCGUCGGAGAAGCCGUUCGCCUGCAGGGCGUGCGGCAGGGAUUUCCCGGACCACCAGGAGCUGGUCAAACACCAGUGCGCACACACAGGCCACCUGCCCUUCGACUGCGACGACUGCGGCAAGUCCUUCCGCGGGGUCACCGGCCUGGCAGAGCACCAGCGCAUCCACAGCGGGGCCAAGCCGUUCGGGUGCGCGCACUGCGGGAAGCUGUUCCGCCGCAGCUCCGAGCUCACCAAGCACCGGCGCAUCCACACUGGCGAGAAGCCCUACGCCUGCGGCCAGUGCGGCAAGGCCUUCCGGCAGAGCUCCAGCCUCCUGGAGCACCAACGCAUCCACACGGGCGAGCGGCCCUACGCCUGCGGCGACUGCGGCAAGGCCUUCCGGGGGCCCUCUGACCUCAUCAAGCACCGGCGCAUCCACAGCGGACUGAAGCCCUACGAGUGCGACCGGUGCGGCAAGGCCUUCCGCAGGAGCUCCGGCCUGAGCCGUCACCGCAGAAUCCACAGCGGCGCGCGGCGCUGCGAAUGCAGCGAGUGCGGCCGCGUGUUCAAGCGACGCUCUGCCUUGCAGAAGCACCAGCCCGUUCACCGCGAGUAG